AUGCCUGCGAUGCACCCCAACCACAGAGAAGUCCUCGAGGAUAUGAUCCACACACGCCACUCCAAGCUGACGCUUGGACGCAUCGAGGAGAUCUUCAACGUGAUCUACGGCGUCGUCGAGCCGGAAGAUAUCAAGUUCAAGGACUUCGAGAAGGCGAUGAACAGCCUGGGCGCGCGCAAGAGCACCGGCGGAGGCUCUGUUCGAUCAUUUACGGCAGCCUGUUGGAAAGGCACCGUGCACGUACACCAGCCACACCCGUAUGACCACUACACGAAGAAGAACGCCGGGAGGCUCAAGGUUCAGUUGGAGUCCAGUGGAUUGACCCACCGGGUCAUUCGCCGUGAGGCCCGCAAGGCCGGCAUCUUCAUCCCGAAGCUGCCGUCCCAGUAG